AUGGCCAAGCUAUGCAGAUCACGGAUUUACAUAGCCAUUCUUCUCUCGGCCUGGAUUUCUGUGAUCGUCUAUCUUAUGUCUACUGGAUUUUAUGACAGACGGGAGGAUAGAUUCGGUGAUCUAAGCGCGCCCUAUAGAGGUGCAAAACCCCUCACCGAGGAAAUAUCUCCGGAACCCUCAUAUUCUCAACAUUCCACUCCUCCGCCGAAAUCUAUCGGAGCGGUUCAGGAACCACCCACCUCAUUUUUGGAGAGAUUCAAAAAUACCAUAAUUCAACCAAAGCCUCUACCUGUCCUUAAAUUGGUUGAGUUUGAUGCCGAAGCCUACGUUGAGAGAGGAAAGCUGAAGCCUGGAGAGGACAAGUAUGCCGCAAACAAGUUCAACCAGUUAGCCAGCGACAUGGCAUCCGCAAAGAGGGAUAUCAUAGACAGCAGGGAGCAUCACUGUAAGAAGCUGACUUACGACAUCUCAACAAUGGAGCCAACAUCAAUCAUUGUAACGUACCACAAUGAAGCUCGAUCCACUCUUUUGCGAACAGUUUUUAGCGCCAUGCUUCGAUCUCCUCCUCAUUUAAUCCAUGAGAUAAUUCUCGUAGAUGACUGCUCGAAGGACGAAUCGAUUGGAAAGGAAAUAGCACAGUUAGAGAAGGUAACUGUGCUUCGAAAUAUCAAGCGUGAAGGAUUAAUUCGAUCCCGAGUGAAAGGAGCAGCGUAUGCCACCGCUCCAAUUCUGACAUUUCUAGAUAGUCACGUUGAAUGUAAUGUCGGUUGGUUGGAACCACUUCUUGCCAGAAUCAAUGAGAACAAAAAAGCUGUUGUCGCUCCAAUAAUCGACGUAAUCAACAUGGAUACAUUCAAUUAUGUUGCUGCCAGUGCUGAUCUAAGAGGCGGUUUUGACUGGAAUCUUGUCUUCAAAUGGGAAUUCCUGACAGGAAAACUCAAAGAUGAACGACAUGCUCAUCCAACCGAUCCCAUAAAAUCUCCUACCAUGGCCGGUGGUCUUUUUUCCAUUAAAAAAAGUUGGUUCGAAGAACUUGGGACAUACGAUAUGGGCAUGGAUGUUUGGGGUGGAGAAAAUCUCGAAAUGUCAUUUCGAGUAUGGCAAUGCGGUGGUUCACUGGAGAUCAUUCCGUGCAGUAGAGUUGGUCACGUUUUCCGCAAACAACAUCCUUACACUUUUCCAGGAGGUUCAGGAAAUGUUUUCCAGUCAAAUACGAGACGAGCGGCUGAGGUCUGGAUGGACGAAUAUAAGGCAAUCUAUCUGAGGAAUGUGCCUUCAGCGAGAUAUGUAAAGUAUGGAGACAUAUCAGAUCGUAUCGCUCUGCGAGAGCGCCUGAAAUGUCAGUCGUUUACCUGGUAUCUCCGGACAAUCUAUCCAGAAUUGAGAGUUCCUGAAAGGGAAAAGGGUGAAUUAUAUCAUCUGAAAAAUGGUAUCAUGUGUCUGGAUACUCUAGGGCAUAAAAUCGGAGAGAGCCCAGGCGUCUACCAGUGCCACGGAACUGGAGGCAAUCAGGAAUGGGAGUACGACCGAGAAUCAGGCUUUUUGCGCAGUACUAUGACCAAGCUUUGCAUCACUAUGAAGGAUAUGAAUGGAGAUCCUUUUGUGAUAAUGGAUGAAUGCAGCAAUGUAAAAACACGGUUUCGGAUGGAUACUACAACUGGUUGGCUUACCCAGGGUGGUCGAUGUCUUGGCAUAGAACCAGAUGCAGACCACUGGAGAUUAGCCUCAGUGGUUUGUGAUGCUACUGAUGGCAGUCAACGAUGGGCAUUUGAGAAAACAGCUUCAUUCGGAUCGCUCAAAUCCUAG